AUGUCGCUACCAAAGCGAGUAUUGGUUGCUGGGGCUCCCAGUGUAUCACCAUUUACUGCACCAUCAACGGCAGCUAGUAUGGGUGUUCCUGAACCCACGUUCAUUCCUGCGCUUCGUCAGGUUACUAUGAUGCAGCUGACAAGAUUGUUUGACCAGUUAUCUGAACUUUCAAUCUAUGCCAACGAGAUAUUUGUCGAUCUGGCAAAUAAAACACUGAGCAUUACUGAACGCAUCAACAACGUCAACAUGAUUUUAUCGAAUGCCGACGCUGAUAUGGAGUUGAUUGAAGAGGAGAUUUCAUCAUCGGAUAUCAAAACUCUUUCGCAACGAGAACGAUUCAUUUGGAAAUCCGAGAUGGCUAUAUCAAGCAACUUUUUUGUGAAGAAAACUCAGCCAGCUUCAAUUGCUGCUGUGUACAAUCAAUGCCGGCCUGCUCCAUUUUUGGAAGUUCUUGAUAAAUAUCGCAAUGAUGGUCAAAAGUGCAUGAAGUUUUAUUCCUAUCCCGACUUUUUUCUGGAAGAAUGGCGCAAUCUUAUCAAGGACCAAGAUGGCAAGAAAGCAAAGCGUAAGGCCAAAGAAAGCGAGAGUAGCAACAAUCGCCGAUCGAUGAGAUACAAACGAAAAAGCGAAAGCGUACAGACAAAGCCAGGCAAUCGAAAUGAAACCUCGCCAACAGAUGGAAAUUUCAUCAGCAUCACCAUAUCUCCAAACACUCGUCAGCAUAUAAAUUCCUCGUUUGACAGUCCCAAUCAGUUGAGUGCAUCUGGCAGAGUAGGGUUGGAUAUGGGUCGAGUGGACAUCAAUUCGACCUCUAUGUUACAAAGCAUGUUUGAGACGAAUAUAGUAAUGAGUAAGCUGCCACCACCACCACCUCCUCCUCCGCCAGUAGUUAUUACUUCUAUGUCAGGUAUGGGAAUAGCUGGAAGCGGAGAUGCGGACACCUCAUUGAUGAGUAGUCGUACUCCGAUUGCACCAUUGGCAGGUGGAUUCGCACCUGCAGCAACACCCAUGACUCCAUCAGUGAAUUUUCUCAACGAUAUUCGUACGCUUCAGUUUAAACUCAAAACGACAGAUACGCCUGACCAUUCAAGUAUGGCUAAUAAAAAGAAGACGGGAGCGGACUGUGAUGAAGUUGCAGCAAUUCUGAUGCGGCGAGUUGCUCUCGAAAUGAGUGAUUCCGAAGAGGACGAUGAUGGUGACGACGAAGACUGGGGAUAAUGUUAAAAACUAGAUAUAGUUUUGGGCUGAUGGAUUGAAAUACAAUAUAUUUGAGUUACUAUUGCCCAAGGGCCAAGAAUAUGUUUUGAACGGCAAGAAAUGUGAAUACUGAGAUUAAAAUGAGGCUUCAAAGUAUGGACAGCUUAAACAAGUGCAGCAUUCGGAUGAGUUGCGUGUGAUGAUUAUAGCCGUAUUCGCAUGAAAUGAAAUGCUAAAUAAGGAUGUCAAUACACAAUAAACAGCCAAUUUCAUG